AGAAGAAGAGCUGAUAGUUUGGAUGCUCAGUUCGAUGUUCAUCAUGAGAGAGCAGGUGGAUGUGAUUCAUGCUGGAGAACAGCAGAUGCUGCAGACACCAGUGAAGAGUGAAGUGAAGCAGGAGGAGAUAAAAGAAGAAAACACAGCAGAGGAACAACAGAGUGAUGAAGAUGAUGAUGAACAGCAGAUGUUGCAGACACCAGUGAAGAUUGAAGUGAAGCAGGAGAUAAAAGAAGAAAAUACAACAGAAGAACAACAGAGUGAUGAAGAUGCUGGAGAACAGCAGAUGCUGCAGACACCAGUGAAGAUUGAAGUGAAGCUGCUGGACUGCAGCAGGAUUCUCGAUAUUUACAGGACAGUGUCAAGUGGGAUCUCUCGUACUACUCGAUCAUUUUUGACUCAGGAAAAACCCUGACCAAACAUCUCCACAGAACAGGACAACACCCAAACAAGUCAAGUAAUGAAGAAGUGCAGGGGGACCUGGGUAGCUCAGUGAGUUAAGACGCUGAUUACCACCCCUGGAGUCGUGAGUUUGAAUCCAGGGCAUGCUGAGUGACUCCAGCCAGAUCUACUAAGCAACCAAAUUGGCCCAGUUGCUAGGGAGGGUAGAGUCACAUGGGGUAACCUCCUCGUGGUCGCCAUAAUGUGGUUGGCUCUCGGUGGGGCACGUGGUGAGUUGUGUGUGGAUGACGCGGAGAAUAGCGUGAAGCCUCCACACACGCUAUGUCUCCGCAGUAACGUGCUCAACAAGCCACGUGAUAAGAUGCAUCUGUUGACCGUCUCAGACGCAGAGUCAACUGAGAUUCAUCCUCCGCCGCCACCUGUAAUAGAUGAGUCACUACGCCACCAUGAGGCUUCCAAAUUGGGGAGAAGGGGAGGAAAAAAUAAAUAACUGAAGAUGUGCUUGUAAAUAAACAGGUGUGACAUCUGUGCAGUUGGUUCACAAAAUCCCACACAGAGUGGAAAAAUGUAAUAUGCAAACUGUCGUACGAUGAUAAUCACUUGUAACAUGCAAUUAUUUUACCUCAAAGUGAAAGCGCACAAAAGAAUAUUAUGAAAGCCAAAAGAUGCGCUAUGCACUGAUUCUGUCAUUAUUGAUGUUUUGUUUAAUAUUUGUUUUCUGCAAGAAGUUUACAUAAUUUUAGUGUUUCUUUUCGUUGUAUUUUUGUUUUUCUUACAUAUGCAUUAUCUUUGUUUUAUUGCUUUGGGAAGAUUUAGGAAAGUUUGUAAUAGUAAUUUUUGUCAACAACAUAUCAGACUGAAAUGUGGCAUAAUGUGAAAUUUUGCAUUAUGUUAAGACAGAUUUAAAACAAAGUCCUAUUGCCAGUUUCUAAAUGAAGAGAAAAUUAUAUAAGAGGAAGUAUUUGGAAGUUUUUAAUUCACUGACUGGAUUAUCCUAAAAUAGGCAGUACAAUAUUGUUAUUUAAUAUAUUAAAUAUAUAUUUGGUCAUAUCGCCCACCCCUGUGACAUAACUGUUCCACAAUUAAUCUAAAUGACUACAAUCAUGAAAUUAACUUAUUAGACAGAAUUGAUGGUAUAAAUAUAAUCCUUUUGCACAGCAAAUGUUUUAUACUGCCAUUAAAUUAGGGUUAAUUUUGAUGAUUGAAAUAUGUUCCUCUUGAAUUUUUGUCAACUUAUUGUG